AUUCAUAUAGAUAUCCACGAUAGCGGCGCGUGCGUUUAUAUAAUUAACAAAUACGCACUCUAAAUGUCCUAGAGGUAAGCGAGUUUGUGUUCUCCGAGCAAGUUUUCCUCCUUUCCUGCGUUUUGACUGCUUUUUUGGAAGAGGCAACCUUCAACGUCAUCGUUAAUGAGUAUGAACAACUUAAGAAGCACAUCGUUCUUUCUUUGGAGUAUACGAGUUUCGUCUAAUUUUAUAUGAACUAAACUGAGCGCGUACCUACCAAGGAAAUUUAGAAUGGUCGCCUGGGGGAAUAAACUAAUGGUGCAGUCAGUGAGGAGAUUCGGCCGCGUUCUGGCCUUGCCAAGGAUGGGAAGCUUCAGCUCCGCUCCCAAAAUUCUGAACGACGACAAUCAAGACAGAGAUGUACGUUUGCCCGACACCAUCAGCAGAGUUGAACUACUGAAGCACUGCCAAAACUACUUGCAGCUACACCCCAUGAUCAAGAGGAACUUUCGAUUAUCUCCAGUGUACGAGACCGACUACAGCGCCAACUUUCACAAGCUUAACAGCGUCUCCAAAGCUUACAGCGACUACGUGUCGGGCGCUUACAACGUGCGAAUUCUACAAUGGAACAUUCUCUCCCAAGCUUUGGGGGUGAUGAACGACAAUUUCGCCCGGUGCCCCGACAGCGCGCUCGAUUGGAAUUUUCGUCGAUACAGGAUCGUGGAGGAAAUCGUACAAUAUUGUCCUGACGUCAUAUGCUUACAGGAGGUUGACCACUUCAAUUUCCUCAAGCACGUACUCGGCACGCAAGGCUACGAGGGGAUGUUCUUCCCGAAACCGGACUCCCCGUGCUUCUACAUCGAGGGAAACAACGGUCCCGACGGCUGUGCCAUAUUUUACCGUAAGAACAAGUUCGACUUAGUCAAGAACGAGAAUAAAGUCUUGGAGAUUUGGCGAAUACAAAGUAACCAGGUGGCAGUUAUGGCAGUAUUACGAAUUCGUGAGACCGGUCAGGAGGUGUGCGUCGUGACGACUCACCUCAAGGCGAGAGAGGGGGCGUUGCUGUCGACGCUGAGAAACGAACAGGGAAAGGAUCUGCUGCAGUUUAUUGGAUAUAAUUGUGGCAAUAGACCUAUUAUAUUGUGCGGCGAUUUUAAUGCCGAGCCGACCGAGCCGGUUUACGAAACGAUCUUAAACAGUAUGGACUUUUCCAGUGCUUACGCGAGUUGCAAUGUUGCCGAUCUGCGAUCGGCCGAUCGUGAACCACCGUACACGACGUGGAAGAUAAGGGAGGAGGGCGAGGUGUGCCAUACGAUCGAUUACAUAUUUUACAGUCGCGAUGCCAUGGAAGUUGAGGCGGUCCUCGAUUUCCCUUCAGGAGAGGACAUUGGCCAGGAUAGAGUUCCAUCAUAUUUGUAUCCAUCAGAUCAUUUCUCAUUAGUCUGUGACUUUAGAUUAACGAAUACCUAAUAGUCAGUAGCGAUUAAACCUUGUAUACGCAAUUGUAUUAUUCUGUGUAAUUUAUUGUUUUUUUUUUCGUUGGUGUGAUAUCUUUGUUGGAAAAUAAAAAAAAAUGGCGGACA